CCUCAUGGAGGCCGUUAGGCCGGAGAGCGGCGGAGGAGGGGCUGCGGUGCUGGGGGCCGAGGGGCGGCUGGCGCCCGACGCGAGGGUGCAUUUCCGCGUGACGAGGUUCAUCAUGGAGGCAGGUGUUAAGCUGGGGAUGCAUUCCAUUCCCAUUGCCACUGCCUGCACCGUUUACCAUAAGUUCUUCUGUGAGGCCAACCUGGAUGCCUAUGACCCUUACCUGGUCGCUAUGUCUUCCAUUUACUUGGCUGGCAAAGUGGAGGAGCAGCACCUGCGUACUCGUGACAUCAUCAAUGUGUCCAACAGGUACUUCAACCCAGGUAGCGAGCCCUUGGAACUGGACUCCCGCUUCUGGGAGCUCCGAGAUAGCAUUGUGCAGUGUGAGCUUCUCAUGCUGAGAGUUCUGCGCUUCCAGGUCUCCUUCCAGCAUCCCCACAAGUACCUGCUCCACUACCUGUUUUCCCUCAAGAACUGGCUGAACCGUUACAGCUGGCAGCGGACCCCCAUUGCCGUCACUGCCUGGGCCCUGCUUCGGGACAGCUACCACGGGGGGCUGUGCCUCCGCUUCCAGGCUCAGCACAUAGCCGUGGCGGUGCUCUUCCUGGCCCUGCAGAUCUAUGGAGUUGAGGUGCCCGCUGAGGCCGAGGCUGAGAAGCCAUGGUGGCAGGUGUUUAGUGACGACCUUACCAAGCCAAUCAUUGAUAAUAUUGUGUCUGAUCUCAUUCAGAUUUAUACCAUGGACACAGAGCUCCCCUAACGCCCCAGCCCAGGCCUGCCCAAAGAGAAGCCCAGGAUGGUCAGCUGCCUGGGGAUGGUGCCACCGUGUCGCUGUGACAGCUGGUCCCCAGAGGACCAGCUGAGAGGACUGAUUUUGUGCUGCUGGAGAUGGGCUGAUGAAGGCGAUGACAUGCUGCCACUUUGACUGUCCCCAGCAGCCGCGAUCCAGAUGAUGAUGGGAGCUGCACCUCCAGUGGGCAGGCCGGGAGCGCACUGUGUGCAUCUGACCUGAGGCGGCCACAUCUGCUUUUGUCCUUUGAGAGGACUCCGACUACAAUCGAGGCAUGACGUCAUUGCAAGGAAAGUCAAAGAACAGAUGGGACUGUACCCCUAGGGAUUUUUUAAAGCCAGAUUUAUAGAAAGUUGAACGUGCAACAUAGAUGGGAUUUUAUUUUGUGUAAUAAAAGAUGAU